CCCUCCACUAAGUGUCUUCGGAUGGAGGACUCGGACUCGGCCGCGAAGCAACUAGGUUUAGCCGAGGCGGCGGCGGUAGCUGCUGCUGCUGCAGUGGCUGCAGCAGCGGCCGCAGCCGCAGAAGGAUCCGAACAGCAGCACGAACACAGAGGACAGGUGCCCGGUUCGGAGGCGGAGCCACAAGAGGAAGAGGAGGUGACGGCUGUCACCGUAAUGGCGGCAGAUGCCGAACACAUUGAGAUGGGAGCCGAAUCCCUACCGAGUGCAGACGAGGCUGCUGCAGCAGCUGCCUUUGCAGAAGUAACCACAGUAACAGUAGCCAAUGUGGGUGCCUCUGCAGACAAUGUAUUCACUACUUCUGUGGCAAAUGCAGCAUCAAUCUCAGGACAUGUAUUGUCUGGAAGAACAGCUCUUCAGAUUGGGGACAGCUUAAAUGCUGAAAAAGCCACUCUGAUUGUGGUUCACACGGAUGGCACCAUUGUGGAGAGUGCAGGUCUGAAGGGGCCAUCUGCAUCUCUUACUACAGGAUCUCAGUCCCCCACUACUCAGUUAACAUCUGGUCAAGAAAAAAGUGGGACAAAAUAUAACUGGGACCCUUCAGUGUAUGAUAAUGAACUGCCUGUGCGAUGUCGAAAUAUCAGUGGGAUAUUGUACAAAAACCGACUUGGUUCAGGUGGUCGAGGUCGCUGUAUUAAGCAAGGGGACAACUGGUACAGCCCCACUGAAUUUGAAGCUAUGGCUGGAAGAGCCAGUAGCAAAGACUGGAAAAGAAGUAUCCGUUAUGCUGGGAGGCCAAUACAGUGCCUUAUUCAUGAUGGAAUACUAAAUCCCCAUGCGGCCUCAUGCACUUGCGCUGCGUGUUGUGAUGACAUGAGUUUGAGUGGUCCCAUAAGACUGUUUGUCCCCUAUAAAAGAAGAAAAAAAGAGAAUGAAUUGCCUACAACUCCAGUGAAGAAGGAUUCUCCCCAAAACAUCACCCUGCUUCCUGGAACUGCUGCCACCACAUUCACUGUGACUCCUUCAGGACAGAUUACAACUUCGGGCACUUUGACCUUUGAUCGUACAGCAGCUGUGGAGGCCACAGCUAUUAUCUCAGAAAGUCCAUCCCAAGGUGAUGUUUUCACUGGUACCACUGUGCAAGAUACAAGCCUUCAGCAGCAACCUUGUCAGGUCAAUCAUCCAGAGCCUCACUAUCCAAGUUAUCAAGACAGUUGUCAGAUCUCCUCAUUCCCCGAAGCAGCUUUGCCAACUUCUCACCCCAAAAUUGUGUUGACCUCACUCCCUGCCCUGGCGGUGCCACCUGCUACCCCCACUAAGACAAUGUCCUCUUCUGUGAUGAAUGGACUUGAAAUGACAGAACAACGGAACUGGCUUUACCUAGAGGAGACUGUCAAUUCUCUGCUUAACACAGCUCGGCAGCUGAAGACGCUGAUCGAACAAGCUAAGCAGGCCAGCUCUUCCUACAGAGAAGCUGCUGUUUCCCAAGCAAAACUUCAAGCUGAUGCAGAAAGGAAAGAGUAUCAGAGUCAGUUAUUUCAGCAUACAGAAGAUGUUGAUGGAAAAACCGAAAUUAUUAUUAAGCAAUCCUGUGUAAACUGUGGCCGGGAGGCAAUGAAUGAAUGCACCGGUUGCCAUAAAGUCAAUUACUGCUCAACGUUCUGUCAACGGAAGGUAUCACACCCCUUAUGAAUACAGUUGUCCUGCAGAGCUGAAGAAGCAAGUGCCCAUGAUUGGAAAGACCAUCAGCAUAUGUGUGGGCAGUCACCCGCAGUAACUGUUCAGACAGAAGAAGAUCAUGAUACAGAUAAUGUGAUUGAAAAAGUUAUUGUCUAAAACCUUCUUUCUUCCAAUUUCAUGGAUUGUGUGGUGCAGCAAACUGGCUGGACCAGCAAUUCUUCUGUGAUAAAUAAAACAAAACAAAACAAAACAUAAAUAAAACCCUUCACAGAGAGGGUGAAGGCAUAGUAUUACUUGCAUGUUGCUGGCCAACAUAUGAAUUUUCUCUAACCAAGCAAAAAAUUAAACCUUAAGGGGACAAGAGCAUCAAGGAACUCCACUGUUUUAAGGGAACUUCAGAAGUUGAUGGAUCUUUUCAAGCAUUUCUACAAAGCUGCUAUAAAACAAAUGGGUAUAUUCAAUUGCUCUGAUGGAUUAUGGGUAUUCUUUGAAGUAUUUUGAAAAUGUUAUUUAAAGCAGCUUCUGGGUCUGCAUCCUUUUAAGAUUCUUCUGAUGAGGCUUCAAUAAUGAUAACAGC